AUGAUAAGUGCCCUUCAGCUUAACAUGCAAAGGAGCAGGACAGCUGACGGUCUGCUGUACCAAUUCGCAACCGAGCAAGGCGCCGAUAUUUUGCUGCUGAGUGAGCAAUAUCAGAACCGACGCUCUCCUCAGUGGUUUCCUGAUGUUUCUGGGACGGCGGCCAUCUGGGUCCUUGACCCCGGGAAGGUACCUAUCUUAGAUUCCGGUGAGGGAAACGGUUUCGUGUGGCUGCGAAGCAGAGGUUUAACUUUCUUCUCCUGCUACCUUACACCUAACCAGCCCAUAGCAGAGUACCGCCAGAUGGUCGACUCUCUAGAGGACGGGAUCCUGAACGUCGAUGGUGGGGUGAUUGUUUGCGGAGAUUUCAACGCUAGGGCGGUGGAAUGGGGUUCACCCCAAACAAACACAAGGGGACGAUAUGUUUUAGAGAUGGCAGCCAGGCUGGGUCUUCAUGUUCUGAACGUGGGCAAUGUCUCCACUUUCCGUCGCCCUGGAUAUGGAGAGACCAUCCCUGACAUCUCACUGGCAUCUGAAGGCCUAGCCAAUCGGAUUUCUGACUGGCGUGUCUCCGAGGACUACUCUGCAAGUGAUCACCAGGCAAUUGUCUUCGGGGUGCUUCCCGAGCGUAGGCAUCCAUAUGCCAACUCGGCCAACCCGCCUCGACGUUGGAACCUCGGUCGUCUUUGCCGAGACACCUUUCGGGGAUGUAUCGGGGAUCAAACUGUCGGGGACAUCGGAAGUGCCGAAUUUCGUGCCACGUCGACAAUGCGACUCAUUUCAUUGGCGUGCGACUGUUCCAUGCCCAGGAUUUCUGCCCGUCGUGGGAAGAAGGCAGUUUACUGGUUGACACCCGAGAUUGCGGAACUCCGGCGAAGAUGCCUUAGCCUCCGACGAGCAGCGCAGCGUGCCAGAAACCGGCCUGAAGCCAAUGCCAGAUCGGCAGAGCACAAGGCUGCCAGGCGAGAUCUUCGUGGUGCAAUCAACCGGAGUAAGGUCGGGUGCUGGAAGCAACUGUGUCAGGACGUCGACAACAACCCCUGGGGGACGGGUUACAAGAUAGUAACCUAA